AUAUAUUUAUAUACUAUAAUUAUAAUUGUCUUAUAAUAGUAUAAUCUGGAAUAGAAUAUUUAAAAAUAGAUAAAUUAUUAUAAUAUUUUAAUUAGUCCUCCUCGGCGUCCACUUCUUCAACUUGCUCCAUGUCAACCAGAAUCAUCAGAUCCAAAUUUAGAACAGGCGACCACAACGGGCAACCAGCUAUGAAUGGACAAGAUGAUGCCCGACCUCAAUUGCCAUGGCAAAACCCAGGGCCGAUGACAGUAGCGAUUGCAGAGGCAGCGACAACCACAAAGGCUUGCUUGCAUUCACCAGAAGAGAGAAAAUUGUGAGCUCCUGCAAUGCUGAUAUAUGUGGUUAUCACCAUGAAAACAACAUCAAGAAAGAAAGUAGACUUGAGAUUUGCACAGCUAAUUUCACAUGCAGGGAUAACAGUGAAAGAGAAAACCAUAUACCAGCUAUUGAAUGACCUGGUUGUGCAGCCAAGAAUGUUACCGAUAGCCAUAAAAAGCGAACAACACACAUGGUCGAGAUUGGGCAGCAGCAGGGGUAUCUCUGGUUAGAUCCGGCAGAGCAAAGGAGAAGGAGGUGAAGGACGAGCAAGGGACGACGACAUCAUAAAGAAAGAAGGUUAAUCCCGCGCGCUCUCUUUCUCUAGCUGUGUUUGCAGUGGGAGGCUGAAUACUUUUUCCAACUCUCUCCCUCCAUUGAUAGACUAUAACGGCGGGUACCUCGGAUUUCAUCUCUAAAUGGAAGGAGUCUCUCCGUCCAAUCCUCGUAAUAAGGUGGAAGACGUUUUCAAGGCUCGUAAAAAUGCCCUCACCAAGGAUGCCGAUAAAUUGGAUCAUCUCUGUGAUCCCUCCGAGACAGAAGGAAAGAAAAAAUCAUCAGCUUCUAGUCCAAGCCGAGCCAAGUCUAUAUAAUCGUGAUCUAACGAGCGAGGAUCUAAAAAUCAGCCAAAGCACGCAUUCAAAAGCUAUGGAAUCUGAGGCAAGUUUGGAAGAUAGAGAUGAGGAGGAGAAUGAGGAUAAAUUGUGUAAGACGUGUGGACAGAAAGGGGGGUCGUGGGUUUAUUGUUUCCGGUGUAACUUGAGGUUCCAUAAGUGUGACAACAUCAAAAAGAAGCACUGUAAACAUAUGGGACAUAUAUGUCCCUUACCCUAUGCAAUCCAAAGUUGGCUCGUAAUCUAACUGUGGUUAUAAAAGAAAAGUCCAUUUUCCAAUUA